AUGCAUUUCAACGCCUUCAUUACCGCCCUCUCCGCCUCCGCCUCUAUCAUGACUCUCACAAACGCUGCACCCUUCGGUGUCUCCGAGCGGUCAGUCAUCUGCCCAUCAGGCACAUCUUACUAUCCAGCGGGUAGCUGCAACAGUGGCUUCGUAGGCUGCGCAACCCUUGCCCAGUACUCCUCCGCCUGCCCUGGAGCCCGUCGCUUCUACAAUGACUGCGGACCCAACGGAGACCUCGGCUCCUAUUACAACUGCGCCAACGGCUUCAAGGGCUGCACCACAGACCGCAAUGUGUGCAACCCCGCGACUCCUCAAACCACACCACCCGCUCCCGAUAAGAAGAACACUCCUACAGACCCGACAAAGCCCAGAGAUCCCAAGCCACCCACCACUGGCAAAUGCCCCUCAGGCACCUGGUACGUGCGCGAGAACGACUGCGACAGCGGCUUCGUUGGGUGCACCGACAGCGGCGCCAUCUGUCCAGGCCCCAAGCGCUUCUGGGGCAGCUGUCCCACGGGUCACGGCAACUACUAUGUCUGCGCCAGCGGCUUCAAGGGCUGCACGACCGAUGCUUCGAUUUGCAACUGA